UUCUCCUCUGCUGGCACAGUUGAGCGUCGCCGCCAUACUGUGAGUGGCCUUGCGGAAAGCGUCAAUAAGAGCAUUUAGCCUCGUCUUUAUAGCUUCUUUUCAAUCAAGAUGCCUCAUUCGUGUGCUGCGCUGGAUUGUACGAAACGCUGUACGGUCCAAACCAGAUCCCUGGGGAUCACCUUUCACAGGUUCCCUAAAGAAGCCGUCAUGAAGAAACGAUGGGUGAAAGCCGUCAGGAGGAAGGGUUUCUCUCCCAGCACAGCCUCCAGGCUCUGCAGCGAGCAUUUUAACACGGAGGACUUUGACAGGACCGGUCAGACCGUCAGACUCAGAGAUGGAGUUGUUCCCUCAGUCUUCAGUUUCUCUACUCCGCCCAAGAAGCGACGGGCAGCUAAAACAACCAAGACUUCAUCCAUCAAACAAGAGAGUAAGGCAGCGGAGAGUUCACCGCCUGCGCAUAAACCAGAACCUCAGCCCGCUCCCGAUUUAGACCACUCCUACGCACUGCCUCCGUCUCUGGGCGACAUGAAGGCAAAGCUCAUCGAGGCCUUGGAGCGGGUCGAGAAUCUGGAACGGGAAAUGAGGAACGCCAAGGAUCGGGAACGGAGAGCUAAAAACGCCCUGCAAGUUCUCCUGGAGGACCUGAAGGAGAAGAACCUCGUAAACGAAGAACUAAAACAGAAGCUUGAGUUAUAGUGAGACGAACUGAAACUGAGGACUUGAGGAACUUUAAAUUGGGUGUUAAACACCUUUACAUUUCAGAUGAUUUUUAGUUAUUGUUUAUAAAGGAUUCGGUAUUUAUUCUAAGCCUUGGAUUUAAAAUCUUUUCUGUCGUGGAGUUCGCCAUCAGCGCCGACUCCCUGACGCUGAUGACUCAGCAGCAUCUUCCAUGUCAGCGAUGCUUCUCCUCCCGUCAUGGUAGCCAGGACCGCGUGCAGCUCUCUACGUCAGUCCAGUAAGGGCUUCAGGUAUUGGUUCACUUCUUCUUUCCUUCAUUUCUGUGUAUUUAAGGCGAUUUUUACAGAAGCUUUCUGCUAUCCCGGCACCUUCUUGUUUCUGCAACCAAAUAUUUAUAUUAGUGCUAAGCCUAUGGCUGAAAUGACUAAGCAUAAAAAAUGAGAGAAGCGCAGCAGAACAAGAUAAAACAAUACUGCUGAUGCAUUUUUAAGCUAAUAUGAGAGAGAACCAUCUAGAAAGCGAUGACAGAACUUUGAUCUGCAGAGCUGAAUCAGUGUUGCUUUUGGUCCAAAUCCCUUUAUUAAGCUGUAAAUCUGUAUCUUUACACCUUUAGUCAACAAGGGGCAAUACGAAACUUUUUUCAUUAUUAUAUUGAGAAAAUCUUUUACAAUAAAUAUAAAUAAGGUGGCCUUCUUUGUUAACUAGUUUAUUUUGUCACAGAUCAUCUAAAUUUAAUAGAAGACCCGCAAAGAAACAAUUUGACCGUCAUGUCUUAAAAUUAAUUAUAAAUAUUUGUUUUGAGUACAUUUUCUUGUCUGCUUCAUCAGUUUUACCCUCAUAAUUGGUUUUGCUAUAUAAUCAAAAUUAUACUAUGAGUAUUUCCUGCUAUUUCCUGCUAUCCUGGCACCUUCUUGUUUCUGGUGGCAUUGAAUGCCACAGUGGUAACAGCCUUGUUUUUACUGUGCCCUUAGACUGAUGACGGUUGUGACAACUUUUCCUCUUCUCUCUGAUUUUAGGGCGUUCUUGCAACAACCCGUCUGGUUCGGUGUCUCUCCAAGCACGUCUGGGAACCUGGCAGAACAGCACGGGACCAUCUCCCCUUCUCUUUAUCUACUUCAUCAGCAGAAGAACAGUUUCCAACCUCUUUUCCCAACAUCCCUGUUGGGUUUCGUCUAGAUCCGACGGGUUGAUCGGUCUGGUUCGGUUCAGAAGAAUUGGUUUCAUCUCAAUGAGUACUUUCCAGAGGAAUCACUAGCAUUAACAACCAUAUUAUAUAUCGUGUACCAGGUGUUUUUAUGGUCUUUGAUUUUCUUUCUUCCACACAUUAAGACUCCACGACAUUGCCAAACUAAACAUGCUUUAAGUGCAGGAUGGGUACCUGCAAAAAAAACAAAAAAAAAAGGGUUUUGUGAAGAUGCCGGGUGUGUUGUGAUGCUGGCACUGUUUUAUAGCAGCACGUUACAUCUGGCAAAUAAAAAUGAAAUGUUUAUUAAUUCC